GCGCAGCACACCUGUUUGUCGGCCCCUGAAAAGGGAGGUGGUACAGUGGAAGCCGAGAGCGAGGACAAGCGGGAGCUACACAGACUUGACUCGGACACAGACGAGGCACCAGCCCCUUGCGGACUGAAGGGCUCUGGAGUGGAUGGAGGAGGCCCAGCCCUGAGAUCAACGCCAGCCCGGCCGGCGUGGUGCGGGGCCUACGGGGAGGGCAGGCAGGCAAGCAUACCGAAGCCGCCCAGGGCCUUCCCUCAGGUCUCUGGCGAGGGGCUUAGGCUCCGGCCCGCCCACACUCCCGGCUCGGCCCUCGGAACCAGAGCCCGAUCCAGUCGGAAGCAGAGCUUUCACCAGGGCCAUAGGCCAGUGACUAGGCCGAGCCCGGGCCUCCCAUCGGGGCCGGACUAGGAGGAGGCCCCGGGGAGGCCCCUAGUCCACCAGACCCUGUCCUCAGGCCAACGCCCGCUGGGAAGAUGCAACGCGCCCUACCAGGCGCCCGCCAGCACUUGGGUGCAAUCCUGGCCAGCGCUAGUGUGGUGGUGAAGGCGCUGUGCGCGGCGGUAUUAUUCCUCUACCUGCUCUCCUUCGCUGUGGACACGGGCUGCCUGGCGGUCACCCCAGGCUAUCUCUUUCCGCCCAACUUCUGGAUCUGGACCCUGGUCACCCAUGGGCUGAUGGAACAACACGUAUGGGACGUAGCCAUCAGCCUGACUACGGUGGUGGUGGCCGGGCGCUUGCUGGAGCCCCUCUGGGGAGCCUUGGAGCUGCUCAUUUUCUUCUUAGUGGUGAAUGUGUCUGUGGGGCUGCUGGGGGCCUUUGCCUACCUCCUCACCUACAUGGCUUCCUUCAACUUGGUCUACCUAUUCACUAUCCGCAUUCAUGGCGCCCUGGGCUUCCUAGGUGGUGUCCUGGUGGCACUCAAGCAAACCAUGGGGGACUGUGUGGUCCUGCGAGUGCCCCAGGUGCGUGUCAAUGUGGUGCCCAUGCUGCUACUGGCGCUGCUGCUAUUGUUGCGGCUUGCCACACUGCUCCAGAGCCCAGCGCUGGCUUCCUAUGGCUUCGGGCUGCUCUCCAGUUGGGUGUAUCUUCGCUUCUACCAGCGCCAUAGCCGGGGCCGAGGGGACAUGGCUGAUCACUUUGCUUUCGCCACUUUCUUUCCUGAGAUCCUCCAACCUGUGGUGGGGCUAUUGGCGAACUUAGUGCACAGCCUCCUGGUGAAGGUAAAGAUAUGCCAGAAGACAGUGAAGCGCUACGAUGUGGGUGCCCCAUCCUCCAUCACCAUCAGCCUGCCAGGCACAGACCCUCAAGAUGCGGAGCGGAGAAGGCAACUGGCCUUGAAGGCCCUCAAUGAGCGACUGAAGAGAGUGGAGGACCAGUCCGUCUGGCCCAGCAUGGAUGAUGAUGAAGAGGAGGCUGGGGCCAAGGUGGACAGCCCCCUGCCCUCAGACAAAGCUCCCAUGCCCCCAGGCAAGGGGACUGCACCAGAAUCUAGUCUAAUCACCUUCGAGGCAGCUCCCCCGAAGCUGUAACUCCAGACCACCUUGAGUGUAGCAUCUCCUCUCCCAAACCUCCCUUGACACCCUCUCAGCUACUCCAGGGCACUGGCCGCUCUGAGGAGAGGGAAGGCGGCCUGCUGGGGGUUUCCGUGGCCCUCUGCUGUUUCUCGCCAACACUACCCAGGACUCUUGCUACCUGGUUCCAACUCCAGACAACCACUAUGCCAGGCAUGGGGCCGCUGAGGCAUGAGCCAGUUCAGGCCCCCAUCUGAUGUAGACUGUACCUCAGCAGAAAGCCCCAAGCAAAUGGUUGCAAGGACAUCGGUGCCACAGCUCCUGGGCCAGCCAUUGCAUCUGAAACUGGUUGCUGAGAGGCCUGAGCCAAGGCAAAAGAUUUGCCAAAAAUGUUCUGGGGGCCCAGCCAGUGCAAGAGCCAAUCCAGGUCUGCACAUCCCUGCCCACCCCCAGAAAGACUAUGUUCAUGUCGGGAUUUCUUGUUUCCCUCUGCUGUGGCGUGACUGCUUCUGGGCCAGAACAGCCACAGUUCCCAGGUAUUUUCUACAGGACCACUUGAGCGGGCAGCCAAGCCCAGCCUCGCAGUAUCAAUAAAGCAGUUCUUUGCGGUAUGA